UUUUUUUUAUCCUUUCGUUUUUUCCUAUGGUUUUCCAUUGCCGCGCUGCAGCUGCCGCUGCCUCGCUCGGCCUCGCCGUGCUCCUCGUUGCGUGCCUCGCGCCUGACGCAGCCACUGCUCUCGGCCGCACGCCUGCCUCGCUCAUCCAACGCCGAUCCGCUUCCGCGCUGGGCAACGACAGCCAGUCCGUCUUCAACCAGCUGAUCGAUCACUUCAAUCCGCAGCACCGCGAGACGUUCAAGCAGCGCUACUUUGAAAACACGGACAACUUUGAUCCCGUCAACGGACCCAUUUUCCUGUACAUUUGCGGCGAGGCCACCUGCGGAGGCAUUCCCAACGACUACAUUCGCGUCUUGUCCAAGCAGUUCAAUGCCGCUAUUGUGACGCUGGAGCACCGUUACUAUGGCGAGUCGUCGCCGUUCGCGCAGCUCACCACGCCGAAUCUGCAGUACUUGACCUCGCGUCAGGCCAUCAACGAUCUGGCUGCCUUCCGUGACUUUUACCAGCACAAUGUGGUGGACGUCCGCUACGCUCAGCAGCGCGCUGGACGCGGCGACAAUCUCUGGUUUACCUACGGCGUGUCGUACUCUGGCGCGCUCUCUGCCUGGUUCCGCCUCAAGUUCCCGCACCUCACUGCUGGCAGCCUGGCCAGCUCGGGCGUCGUCGACGUCGUCCUGUCCUUCCCCGAGUUUGAUGAGCAGGUGACUCGCUCGGUGGGCUCCGAUUGCGCGAAUGCCCUGCACGCGGCCAUGUCGGGCGUCGAAGCCCUGCUUGCUGCCAAUCCCGUCGCGACCAAGGUCUUGUUCAAGGCGACGUCGCUUUCCAGCAACCUCGACUUUUUGUCCAUGCUUGCCGAUUCGACCGCCCUGUCCGUCCAGUACGGCCACAAGGAUUCCAUGUGCCCGCCGCUUGUCCAGGCGUUCCAAGCUGGCCAGAACAUGACCCUGGCGUUUGCGCAGUACGUGACCACCUCGUUCUACACCAUCUUUGAGGUGGAUCCCUUCUCAUACAGCCAAGAGUACCUCAAGCAAGUGCAAGCGGGUCCCGAUUCUGGCGCGCGUCAGUGGACGUACCAGACGUGCGCCGAAAUGGGCUACUUCCAGGUCGCCCCCGCCGGCUUUAGCAUUCGUUCGCGCCAGCUGACCAUCGACUACUAUCAGUCCUUGUGCCAGAACGUGUUUGGCGUCUGGCCCCCGGUCAUCAACGCCACCAACGAAUAUUAUGGCGCGCGCAACAUUGCCUCGACGCAAACCUUCUUCACCAACGGCGCCCAAGAUCCUUGGCAAAACGUGACACUCCAGGUUUCCAACAACCCCUUGCGACCCACUGCAACUGCUGUCUGCGACAACUGCGGCCACGGCGUGGACAUGCGCGGGUGCCCUCAGUCUCCGGCUCAAACCAAUGGCGACACGUCUCUGUGCAAGCCCGACGGCUCCAAUGUCAAAGCGAUUCAGGCCAGCAUUGUUCAAUAUCUGCAGGCCUGGCUCAAGCCCCAGUUGUGAAUCUUGAGGUAGCCUAUUCUUUGGUGUGAUCAUUGCUCAAUAAAAGCACAUUGG